GAUAGGGUCAGCGCCCUAAAGCCAGCCCCUUCUCGUUUGCCAAGACCUGCCUCUGCGCAGCCCUAAGUGGGUGCAGCUGGAAUCCUGAGCCUGCGAUGGAGCCCCGGCUGGGGCCCAAAGCUGCCGCCCUCCACCUGGGCUGGCCGUUCUUGCUGCUGUGGGUCUCCGGCCUGAGCUACUCUGUCUCCUCCUCAGCUUCUCCCUCUCCUUCUCCGGUGUCCCGAGUCCGAACGAGCUACAAUUUGGGAAGGACUUUCCUCGGUCUUGAUAAAUGUAACGCCUGCAUCGGGACAUCUAUUUGCAAGAAGUUCUUUAAAGAAGAAAUAAGGUUUGACAACGGGCUCGCCUUACACCUUGGACCACCUCCUGACGACUUGCCUUCUUACUCUGCAAAUUACUCAGAUGAUUUCAAAACCUGGCGCCCUGUGGAGAUCUCAAGGCUGGUCAGCAAACAGCAAAACAAGAUCUCAGACAGGAGAAUCUGUGCCUCCGCAGCUGCCCCCAAGACCUGCAGUAUUGAACGUGUCCUGCGGAAAACAGGGAGGUUCCAGAAAUGGCUGCAGGCCAAGCGACUCACACCAGACCUGGUGCGGGGCCUGUCCAGCCCUCUCUUGCGCUGCCCAUCACAGCGACUCCUGGAUCGCGUGGUCCGGCGCUAUGCAGAGGUGGCUGACGCUGGCAGCAUCUUCAUGGACCACUUCACGGACCGGGACAAGCUGCGUCUCCUCUACACGUUAGCAGUCAACACGCAUCCUGUCCUUCUACAGAUCUUCCCGGGCGCUGAGGGUUGGCCGCUUCCCAAGUACCUGGGCUCCUGUGGUAGAUUUCUGGUCAGUACCAGCACCAGUCCGCUGCAGGAAUUCUAUGAUGCGCCCCCAGACCAGGCGGCCGACCUGGCCUACCAGCUCCUGGGUGUCCUGGAAUCUCUGAGGAGCAAUGAUUUGAACUACUUCUUCUACUUCACCCACGUGGAUGCAGGCAUGUUUGGCAUCUUCAACAACGGACAUCUGUUCAUCCGGGAUGCCAGUGCACUGGGCGUGAUCGACAGGCAGGAAGGCAGCCAAGCAGCCUCCAGGGCAGGAGACGAUAAAGACAUCUUCAGCUGCCUGGUCUCUGGCUGCCAGACCAAGCUGCCCUCCUGUGACACCAUCCCCGAGAAGCAGAACCUGGUGCUGGUGUGCAGCCAGGUGUUGCCCCUGCUUCUCCAGGCCAAGUUCCCAUCCCCAAUGCGGGAGGAGAUUGACACCGAGCUCACUCGCUGUGCAGACGGAACCCGGCCAGACCCGGAGGUCCUCGGGGCUGCCAGCCGGCUGAAGGACAUCUUGAGACCCCUGAGAACCUGUGACCCCAGAUUCGCCUACCGCUACCCAGACUGCAAGUAUAAUGAUAAGUUCUGAGGGGCUGGAGCCUUGCCGACCCACAUCCUUAGAACUUCCACUGCCCAUUCGGCUCACUGCAUGGUUGAAAGAAGCUGCUCCCUUUGAGCCAUUGGGAGAAAGGCACUUUGGUGUCCCAGAGACAGAGGAACAUGCCAACCACCAGAGGACAGUUGGGCCAGAGGGCGGUGUGACUGCUACCUGCCCCCUCCACCCCUAGCUGGGACAUCAUAGAAGAGCCCAGGGUUGGGCAUUGGAAGACCCAGGUGUGGACACUCACUCAGCCUCUUUGAGCCUCAAUUUUCUCUCUUCUCCACAAGACUCUUGAGUUAGUGAAAAAUGCCAGAGAUGUGAAGGGCCCAGGACAUACACUUCCUACUCCCAGCCCAAUUGAUUACAAAGAAUGUUCCAGAAGCAUGCAUGCACAGGCAGGACAAAUGAGACAGAGCCAUGGAGGUCAAAAGAGUGACAUGGAGGAAAGACUCAGCCCCAGUGCUAGCCCUCCUGCCACACUCCCCAUACUGCCAUGGGGUGAGGAGACUGCAGGCCAAGGGGACACAGGGACAGGAGGCACUUAAUGGCGUGGGAAGGAGGCAGGGAUAAGAAGAGAAGACUGCUGGGCUGGGGGCCAACAUGUUUGUCCACAUCCUCUGAGAACCAGAUGUCAAGACAGGAUUAAGUGGGCAAGGAUUGUAUUGAGGAAGAUGGCUGUGUGGGAGGAAAGGGGGGGGAGCCAAAGACCGUGGGGAGAACCAUGAGGCCAGGCUGGAAGGCUGAUGCCCCCUCCCCCAAGGGAAGGCAAGAAGAUCAGGUGAGAGCAUCCCAGAUUCCCCUCUGCUCAACCAAUAUAAGAUUCAGCAGGGCUGUCAGGGUGUCCUGGAGGUAAAGCCAGUCAUCAGAGGAGCUUCCCAAGGAUGGACAGCCCUUAUAUUCCUGCUGCAGGGAACAGCCCAUGGGAAGUGUGGCCUUAGCCCAACCACAAAGAUGGAUUUCAAAGCACAGUGCAGGGCACUUAGCCAGUUGAGCUCCCUGGAGCAGGAGGUCUGUGAGUAGAACAUUCUUCGUAGCCAUAGCAGGGGACCAGGGCCAGGUCUCUCUACAUAAUGGCCUCCAGGGCAGGACCCUAAGGAGUCUGAGAAUUUUCAUUCAAACUUGGCCUUAUGGGUCAUUCUAAAAAUACUUUUUCAAGGUCAGCCAACAGAAUAUAUUUUAUUCAGCAGCUUGCUUGUUUUAUCCCUUUCAAAUGAUUAGCCACGUGGUAUGUGGGUUUCCAUGUAUCCUCUUGCCCAGGCCACAAACAUUAACGGGGGUUCCUUGGACUUUUGCCCAGUCUCCCUGCCUGCCCUCUACCCUCAGAGACCUCCCAGUUGGCCUCCUCUUUCCUACCUCUGAGUCACCGCCUUUAAGAUAAGAUGCCUGGCGUAAUAGGCUUCAUGCAACAGAUGUGGAAACUGAGGCCCAGGGAGGCAGAGUGACUUGCCAGGAUAGUUUCAGAACUCCAGCGACCAGUCCAGGCUCCUCUUGCCUUCCCUUUCAGCCUUGUAUGUGCAUGCUAAGUUGCUUCUGUCGUGUCCGACUCUUUGCAAGCCUAUGGGCUAUAGCCCGCCAGACUCCUCCAUCCAUGGGAUUCUCCAAGCAAGAAUGCUGGAGUGGGUUACCAUUUCCUUCUCCAGGGGAUCUUCCUAACCCAGGGAUCGAACCCAAGUCUCUUAGUCUUCUGCAUUGGCAGGCAGGUCCUUUACCACUAGCGCCACCUGGGAAGUCCCCUUCAGCCUCUGUCCUGCCCAACUUUGGUCCCUUUGUUGACAUUUAAAGAUGAGCCAAGGAAAGUCAUAUUUUGUGGUACACUGCAAUGCAGUUGGGGGUCUCCCUUUUGACUACCUCUGGGGCAACCAUGACAAUGAGGAUGCCGAGACAAGCUUCUGGAAGGGCAGGUUUGGGCUGCCUGAGAAUUUUUGAGACAGUUACUUCCUGGCUUGGUCUGGAGGGUGAUUGACCACCCUUCCCAACACCUUGCUUUUUUAGCCUAGUGAAACUGAUCUUAAACUUCUGGUUUUCAGAACUUUCAGAGGAUACAUUUCUAUUGUUUUAAGCUACCCACUUUGGAAUAACUAUUAUAGCAGCCACAGGCGACAAACACAUAUCUUGAACUCAUCUUAAUGUCUGCUUGCAAAGAACCCAACUUGCAAUACUCCCCAAUUCCAGUCUAUUCUGAUGGAUUCAAAAGCCAGACCCACCAGGAGGGAGUUAUUAUGUGUCCAUAUCCAGGUCUGAGACUUGGACCGUUUUGUUCCUCCACUUACUAAGUCCCAGGCAUAAUAACUGGGCCUGAGUCCUACUUGGACCCUAAGCUUUUCCUGACAGCCCAGUCCCCAUCAAGCCCUUUCUGAAUCCCUCCUCUGUACCCCUGAACCCCAAGUCUGUGCCCAUAUGAGGCUAAUCCCAAGGGUAUUCCAGAGAGAUAUAUGCCUCUCUUUCCCAUCCAGCUGGGCACUCCUUGAAGAUGGCAGUGGCACAGAGCUCUUUGUGUUCCCUGUUACAACCAGCACCAGGCUGGGCACAGAACAAGUGCUCAGAAAAUGUUCUUGCUAAGAAUAAUGACUAUGUUUUUCAACCGUUUUUGUUUGGUGUUUUUCACAUACCAUGUGCUCUAAACUGAUUAUUUGUGUCCCUCUCCAAAAUUCAUAGGUUGAGAUCUUAACUCCCAAUGUGAUGGUAUUUGGGAGUAGAGUUUUGAGGAGUUAACUAUUAAUAGGUCAUGAGGGUGGAGCCUUCAAGAAUGGGGUGAGUGCCCUUAUAAGUGAGACCCUAGAGAGCUCCAUCACUCCUGCCUUGUGGGGACACAGCAGGAAGAUCCGGUCCUGGCUGUGAACCAAGAAGCUUGUUCUCAGCAGACAUCAAAUCUGCUAGUGCCAUGAUCUUAGACUUCCCAACCACCAGAACUGUGAGAAAUAAUUACUGGUUAUAAACCACUUAGUCUGUGGUAUUGUUAUAGCAGCCAGAAUAGACAAAGACCAGCAUGCUGGACAUAUACAGGAUAUAGCCACUUCCUCAAGAACAGUUCUUUCCCCUCAACAGCCAGGAGACAAGUGAGUCAACACUCUAGACACUUCAGUCAGAAUAAAAUCAUUGUAGUGGAAUCUGAUUGGAAACAGUAGAGUAUUUUUCUGGGUUUCAUCGGCCACUGUCUUUUUGCCUGCAGAACCAGAUACAUAAUUUGUGGGGCCCAGUGCAAAAUGGAAACAUGGGGCCUCCUGUCAUUGAGAAAUGCAAGAUGGCACCAGCAGAGCAUUAAACUAAGUGUAGAUCCUGUGUAACUCUAUGUUGCAUGCCCACGCAGCCAGCUCUGAGUGCCUGAGAAUGCUGAUUAACCUCUGUGUGGUGGGUUCUUGGGAUUUACUGGGGUCUCACUUGACCUCCACAACCGAAAGAAGUAUCUGUGGAACCAGAGGUGAUAUAAAAUAUUUAGUAACCAUCAUGGCAAAGUGAGUGAGUGUUAGUCGCUCAGUCGAGUACUCAUGGCCUAUAGCCCACCAGGCUCCUCUGUCCAUGGAAUUCUCCAGGCAAGAAUCCUGAAGUGGGUUGCCAUUUCCUCCUCCAGGUGAUCUUCUGGACCCAGGGAUUGAACCUGGGUCUCCUGCACUGUAGGCAGAUUCUUUACUGUCUGAGCCACAAGGGAAGGAACUGACCUAGGAGAACAGACACCAUUGGCUUCAGUUGUCAGGUCGGCAUCCCCACAGCCCUGUGGGCAAGUCCUACUUUUCAAACAAGGAAGUUGGUUCAGCGAUUUGCUCAAGGCAACAAUUUUCAGGUCUCCUACUUUCCUAGUCCUCCCGUGUAGCGUCUGACUUCUGCUGAUAAGCAAUUGCAGGAGCCUCAAUGUUUCCUCUAGAGUUCAGAUAAAUACUUUGUGGGAUUUGUGUUCAUUUUGGAAAAAAGUAGAGCCCUGGAAUCAGACAGACCCGGUUUCAAAUCAUGACUCUGCUGGUUACUCGGUAACCUUGGGUAAGUUGCUUAACCUCUCCAAGUCUCACUCUCCUCAUCCAUAAAAUGGUGAGGAAAAGAUUUACCUUCAUAGGGUUUUAUUAUCCCAUUUAAAUAACUGAUUGUUUCUCAAGGGCCUGGCACAUGUGGGCAUUCUGUAUCUUAUGGCCUUUCCUUAGGAAAGGUCAGAGGGUUUCCUGACAGAAAGGGCUCCUCACACAGCCAAAGUGAGUGCUGUAGCCUCUUUGGAGGGAUCUUGACCUCUGUCCCAAGGCUCUGCUCCAGACCAGAGGAAUCAUGAGGGUGCUGCAGGCUGCCAGACAGUGUGACAGGGGCCAUUUUUCUUCCCUCCCACUCUCCAGACUCUGGGUUGAUCUUGAAAGGUAGCUGGGAAGCCACUACACUCACCUCCCCAGCCUGGCCCUCCACCAGGCUCAGGAGGGAGUCCUCCUCAAGCAGGUAAUUCUGGGGGCCUUGGGAAGUCCAUCCAUGCUCAGGAAAUUCAAGUACCCUCUUGGCCCAUUGAAAGCUCCUGGCUCAUUGCCUAUGUAUGGUGAUAUGGCUUUUCUGCCCACUUCGGGCCUGUUGUCCACAAAUAAUGGCACAGCUGAGCUCACAUGCACACAGGUAUACUCUGGUCUGUCCGCAACAACUUUGUGUCAUUGUUUAAAAGUGGUUGUGACUGUGGGCUGUGAGGGAGGGUUAACACCGAGGCAGGGGGCCCCAAAUGUGCAGAUAUAAUGACCCUCCAAGAAGGCAACUUAAAGGAAUAGGCCAGCAAAGGGGAACUGAGCAACCAGGGGCCCGCCUGUUGGAGCUCAUCCUAGAAGCAGACGAGAGGGAGAAACCCCAGCCCACUAGGGUGACCAGGGCAUCAUCUCAGGCCUGAGCUGCCUGUGGAGUCAAUGUGGCCCCGCAGACAGAGUGGCGGCUCUGGAAGCUGAGUCAUCUGCCUUCAGAUCUUGUGCCAGCCCCUCUCACAAAACUCAAUGCCUCAAAGUUAUUGAUUGCAGCAUUGUUCAUAAUUGCAAAUAUCGAAAACAACUUCAAUGCCACGGGAGAGUGGUUGAAUACACUGCAGCACACAUCCACACAAAGGAGUGCUAUGCAGCUUUACAAAUAAAUAAGGAAGAUCUCUAGGAACUGAUAUAGAGUGAUUUUCAAGCUAUACUAUGAAGCAAGAAAAAAAAGCACAGAGGUAUGUUUAUAGAAUGCUACUUUUCAUGUAAGAAAAAAAAUACAAGAAAACAUUUAUGUGUCUGCUCACCUGUGAUGCAAAAAAAGAUAUAAAUACACACACACACGUGUGUGUGUGUGUGUGUGUGUAUGUGUGUGUGUCUGUGGGUGUAUAGCUAUAUAAAUAUAAAGAAUAAACCAGAAGCUAAUGAGAUUGGUUCCCUACAGGGAAUGGAUGUCAAUGGAGUGGAAAGAAGAGAGGAAUGGGAGUGAGCCGAAGGGAUGGAAAGGGAGUGAAACUUCUCUGAGUGUACCUUUUUUUUAGAAUCAUGAGACUACCUCACACAAUCCACAAAUAAAGAAUCAAAAUCAGCCAGGAUGUGGGUUGAACUAAAAUGAAAUACAAAGAAUAACAAAUGGACACAACUGUAUUUUAAAAAAAAGAAUAAAAUAACUACACAGAGAAACUAACCUAGGUAACUUGGAAAGUAAGCCUUUUGACUACAUAGUAUAAGAUGACAAACAAGAAGAAGUCUACACACACUUUAAAAUGGUUAAUUUUAUAGUAUGUGAAUUCUACCUCAAUUUAAAAAGAGGGGGGGAAAUCCAUUCACAAAAACUGUGCUCUGGUUAGUGAAUAUUUUUCCUAUGAGAAUCUGGGUUAGCAGUUCUGAAACUACUUUGUCUUGAGCAAGUAUUGCUUGGAGAAAAGAGUUACAAGUCAGGAAAUACAGAAUUUUGUGCUCCUUCCAAUUUUGAAUGUUGUGAUGUUAGAUUGGAAUUGGAAGUAUCACUAAGAACUCACGAUUUUUUUUUUCUGGCAUGUAGGAUCUUAGUUCCCCCCACCAAGGAUCAAAGUCAAGCCUCCUGCAGUGCAAGUGUGGAGUUUUAACCCCUGAACCACCAGGGAAGUCCCUGAACUCAGGAUUUUUUAGGUAUAUAUACACAGAUGGAUAGAUACAGGGAUAGAGAUGUGAGUGUAGAGAAGUGUAUAGAAAUAUAUUUCCUAGCUUUAUUCUCUGAGAUAGCCUAUAAGCAGUGAUACUCCAGUAUCACUAGGUCUUGGUUUCUUCAGUAAGAGAAACCAGAGCUCUUUAGAGAAAUGGCUGAUUCUGAGACUAGAUAGGGAAAGUACAAGAUGAGCCUGUAAUACUUUUGUGCUGCCAUAAAGGGAGGAUGUGCUAAAAAAAAAAAAUGGGGGCAUGUUAAAAGGACACAGGGACCAACUUGAAGGGGCUCCCGUAGCCAAAUUUGGGACAAUUUGAAUAUUAAAUAAGUAAUGAUAGAAAUAAUCCAUAGAAUAAAAUCAAUUCUUACAAGAUCAUACUGAUAUAAAUAAAUAACCAGAUAAGUAAAUAAAUGGAAAAGGCAAGAGCUCUUCCUUAAAGUAGAAUUCCAACUAAUAGAUGCAGAAGAAAUGAUGCAAGUGGAAAAUCACCACUUGGUAAUCACCAGAUUAAUAAUGAUUGCAGGCAGGAAUCCUCAGUGGGGGCUGAAACUGGUUGAUCAAAGUAGGAAUAAACAGGAUGCUUGCAUCAUCUCAAAGUUAUCUUGCCACAACAUACCCAUUAAUUACAAAGAGGAAAAAAACAGUAAAUUUAUGCUUGAAGGAACCUGGCAGACACUACUGUAACCAAGUGAUCAAGGUCAACGUCACUUGUCAUAAGUCACAUAAACAUCAGGUACCCUCUGAUAUGAUGCGCUGAGAAGGGUAGUUUUGCCCCAAAUGCAAAACCUCAAUUGACUCAUGAGAUAACAUCAAACAAAUUGAGGGACAACCUACAACUAUCCAUGAGAGACAAGGAAAGAGUGAGGAAUUAUGGAUUGCCGGUGACUAAGGAGACAGGAGAACUACAUACAACGAGGGGGCCUAGGUUGGAUUCUGGAGCAGAAAAAGGACAUCAGCAGUGACAACACUCACCAGUCCAAACUCAGCAGCAACAGAGCUUUAGUUGAACCAGUUGAAUUUACUGCUCAUCAAAACAAGGGAGAACAGGCAGCAUGGAGCAACAUGAGGUGUCUCAGUAAGAGGGGUUUAGAAAGGACUUAGAGAUUUGGGCUUAUUAAGUGAUUUGGGGGAGAAUUCAAGAAAGCAGAGCUUUGCUUUAGAUGGAACGCUGUCAGGAACAGGGGGUAAGUCCAUGAAUGCACACCUCAGUAAAUCUUAUCUUUAAAGCAGGAAGAACGGCGCAGGGUAACUGUAGUUAGGAAAGCAGCAGUCACUCACAGUAGCCAGGACGGGGUGUAUUUGUCAUUUUUAUUUAAACAAUGUUCAUGAUGUUGUUUGUGUUCAGACCUGAAUGGCCUUGUUUUUUGUCUUGAUUCACCAUGGUCACAGAGUGGACUUGUUUAACGUCAGUGGUCUGAGAAAUGCUUUAGGUUCAAGGAGAAUGCGAAGGCCCAGCUACUGUGUGCCACAUUUCUCUUUCUCAGUGGGACAACUGGUGAAAUUCUAAGAUCUAAUUAUUUUAGUACAUAGAAUUUUAUCAGUGUUCCUCUCCUAGUUGCAGCAAUAGUACUAUGGCUAUGUAAGAUGUCAACAUUAAGGAUGUUAGAUGGGGGAACUCUGUAUAUGAUUUGGGAACUUUUUUUUUUAUUUGGGAACAUUUUUGUAAGUCUAAAAUUAUUCCAAAAUAAAAAACCAAAAAAGCAA